AUGUUCUCGAACCCCGAAGACAGAAACAAGGGCAAGUACUACAAGUUCCACAGGGACGUCGGGCAUGACACCAAGGAUUACAGACAGUUGAAGAGGGAAAUUGAGGACGUGAUCCAAAAAGGCCACCUGAGGUGUUAUGUAAAAGGAGACAUAAGGGACAACUCUAGAGGUCGUGAAGCUGCAAGAGAUGACCAUAGAGGGGACGAUAGAGCUCGUAGAAGAGAUGACCGAGGUCUCCAGGAUAACAGGUGUAACGACCACAGAAACCAGAAUGAGGCCAACAUGUCCACGGCCCCUGCUAUCCUCACCGUCUUGGGAGGACCAGGGCAAGAGUCGGCACGCAAAGCUAAGGCCAAAGCAUGGUUCGUAGCAGUAGCAAAGGUCCCUGAGAAGAAAGCACGUACAGAACCAGUAAUCACAUUCUCUGAAGGGGAUAUGGAAGGGUUAAGCUGGCCACACAACGAUGCUGUCGUGGUUCAGGCAGCGAUAGCCAAUCGACCAGUCCACAGGAUCCUAGUGGACACUGGGGCAUCUGUGGAUAUGCUAUCCUACGAUGCAUACCUACAGUUCGGGUUUGAGCCAAGCACGUUGAAGCCCGAGACAACGCCCUUAUACGGAUUCUCAGGCGCACCAGCCUCGAUCGAAGGAUCAGUGGAGCUCCUGAUGACAGUAGGAACAGCCCCACGCCAGAAAACCAUAAAGGUCAACUUCAUGGUAGUUCGCGUGGCAACCACCUACAACGCCAUCCUUGGCAGGCCUAGCUUGAACGAGCUGAGAGCAGUAGUUUCCACCAAGCACUUGAAGGUAAAGUUUUCCACUCCUAACGGCGUAGGGGAAUGCCAAACUGAGCAGAAGAAAGCCUGUGAGUGCCAUGCUGCAUUCUUAAAAGGUAUUAAGGGCAACUGCAGGGGAACGGCCUAUCAGGUGGAGGUCACGGAUAAUCGCGAAGAAGAUAAGCGCUAUCAGCGGGGUGAGCCAGUAGAGGAGCUCAUGGAGGUCCCACUGGAUGAAUAG